GAAACAACUACCUUCAUCUUUCGCCGCGUAAGCUAUAAGAAGCCUUCUCAUAUCUCUCUCUUACUAGAAGACAGGAUCCCAGAACAGAACGCUUCGAAAUCAAGAAUUUCAAGAAGCCAAAUCGAGAAAGCUAAAGAAUUUUUCGACAAAAACUGCAAAGCAAAAUGAACCCAGAAUUGACAUCACCAUCUUCUUCUAGUGAUCGCAGAAUUAGCGUAUUAGCAAGACACCUUGUUGGUGUUGAAAUGGACCCUCAGAACGACAGCAUUUCGGCUUUUCCUACUUCAGGUUCUGACAGCAACUCUGUUUUCUCCCACGUUGUUCGCGGUCCUGAAGACCCCAUCCUCGGUGUGACUGUUGCUUAUAACAAAGAUCCCAGUCCUGUUAAGCUCAAUUUGGGUGUUGGCGCUUAUAGAACUGAAGAAGGAAAGCCUCUUGUUUUGAAUGUAGUGAGAAAAGCUGAGCAGCUGCUUGUUAAUGACAGGUCGCGAGUUAAGGAGUAUCUUCCUAUUACUGGAUUGGCAGAAUUCAAUAAAUUGAGUGCUAAGCUUAUGUUUGGUGCCAACUGCCCUGCAAUUCAAGAGAACAGGGUUACAACAGUUCAAUGCUUGUCUGGCACUGGUUCAUUGCGUGUUGGAGCUGAAUUUCUGGCAAAACACCAUCAUCAACGGACAAUAUACAUUCCCCAGCCAACAUGGGGAAACCACCCUAAAAUUUUCACUUUGGCAGGGUUAUCUGUCAAAACUUACCGCUAUUAUGAUCCAGCAACACGUGGGCUGAAUUUCCAAGGCCUCGUGGAAGACCUUAAUUCUGCCCCAUCUGGAGCUAUUGUUCUUCUUCAUGCCUGUGCUCAUAACCCCACGGGCGUUGAUCCAACUUCUCAGCAGUGGGAGCAGAUCAGGAAGUUGAUGAGGUCAAAAGGGUUGAUGCCUUUCUUUGAUAGUGCUUAUCAGGGUUUUGCAAGCGGAAGUCUGGAUGCUGAUGCACAGCCUGUUCGCAUGUUUGUUGCUGAUGGCGGUGAACUUCUUCUAGCUCAGAGUUAUGCAAAGAACAUGGGGCUAUAUGGGGAGCGCAUUGGUGCUUUGAGCAUUGUUUGCAAGACAGCUGAUGUUGCAGGCAGGGUUGAAAGCCAGUUGAAACUUGUGAUUAGACCCAUGUAUUCAAACCCACCUAUUCAUGGUGCAUCUAUUGUGGCUGCUAUUCUAAAGGACAGGGAUUUGUACAAUGAGUGGACCAUCGAGUUGAAGGCUAUGGCUGACCGUAUAAUCAGCAUGCGCCAGAAACUCUUUGAAGCCUUGCAUGCUAGAGGGACACCCGGUGACUGGAGUCACAUUGUUAAACAAAUUGGAAUGUUUACAUUCACUGGACUGAACUCUAAGCAAGUUGCUUUCAUGACUAAAGAGUACCACAUCUACAUGACAUCAGAUGGGCGGAUUAGCAUGGCUGGUUUGAGCUCAAAGACAGUCCCUCAUCUUGCAGAUGCUAUGCAUGCAGCUGUUAAGCGAGUUGUGUAGAAGCAACAAUCAGGCACUCUAAUUACGAAAACCUCUCUCUGCCAUAUCAAAUUGGUUGAUUGUCUGUUUUUUUUUCUCUGUUUUGCCACAAUAAUUGUAGUGCCUACAUAAAAUGGGAAAAAUGAAAACCUUUCCAUAAGAAAAAGUUCUUGGAAUAAACAUAAUUACUACAGGUGCAUUCUUUAAUCAAUGCACCUUUAUCUAGCCUCCCUCCCUUGAAAUACAAGUAAAGAUUUAUUUUGUCUUC